AUGCUGGCCUCUGGACUGCUCCUGGUGACUGUGCUGGCCUUCCUCAUCAUUCUGGUCUUCAUAUCUGUCUGGAAGCAGAGGAAAUUUUCAGGGAAGCUGCCUCCAGGACCCACCCCACUGCCCUUCAUCGGGAACUACUUUCAGCUGAACACAGAGCAGAUAUACAACUCCCUCAUGAAGGUGCCCCUGGGCUUGGUCUUCAGCACCGGGGAUCGCGCCAAGCAGCUGAGGCGCUUCUCCAUUGCCACACUGAGGGACUUCGGUUUGGGCAAGCGUGGCAUCGAGGAGCGCAUCCAAGAGGAAGCGGUAUUUCUCCUGGAGGCAUUCCGGAAGACAAAUGGUGCUUUCAUUGACCCUACAUUCUACCUGAGCAAAACAGUGUCCAAUGUCAUUAGCUCCAUCGUUUUCGGAGACCGCUUUGACUAUGAGGAUAAAGAGCUCUUGUCACUGCUGAAGAUGAUGACGGGAAGCUUCCAGUUCACAGCUACAUCCUCUGGGCAGCUCUUCGAGAUGUUCUCUUCAGUGAUGAAGCACCUGCCGGGGCCACAGCAACAGUCCUUUAAGGAAAUGCAGGGUUUGGAAGAUUUUAUAACUAAGAAGGUGAAACAGAACCAGAGUACCCUGGACCCCAAUUCUCCAAGGGACUUCAUUGACUCCUUUCUCAUCCGUAUGCAGGAGGAGAAGAAGAACCCCAAUACAGAGUUCUCCAUGAAGAAUUUAGUGCGGACAACACUGAACCUCUUCUUCGGUGGUACAGAGACUGUCAGCACCACCCUUCGCUAUGGCUUUCUGUUGCUCAUGAAGUACCCAGAUAUACAGGCCAAAGUCCGAGAAGAGAUUGACAGAGUGAUUGGCAAGAACCGACAGCCCAAAUAUGAGGACCACUUGAAGAUGCCUUACACGGAGGCCGUCAUCCAUGAGAUCCAGAGAUUUGGAGACAUAGUUCCCAUGGGCCUGGCUCACAGGGUCACCAAGGACACCAAGUUUCGUGACUUCAUCAUCCCCAAGGGCACUGAAGUGUUUCCUAUGCUGGGCUCUGUGCUGAAGGACCCCAAGUUCUUCUCCAACCCCAAAGACUUCAACCCAAAUCACUUCCUGGAUGACAAGGGACAGUUUAAAAAGAGUGAUGCAUUUGUACCCUUUUCUUUAGGAAAACGGAAUUGCAUCGGAGAAGGACUGGCUAGAAUGGAGUUCUUUCUCUUCCUCACAAACAUCCUGCAAAAUUUCCACUUCAGGUCUCCACAGGCACCCCAGGAUAUUGAUGUGUCCCCUAGACUCCUGGGUUUUGCCACUAUCCCACCAAACUACACCAUGAGUUUCUUGUCCCGUUGAGCCAGCGCUGGGUAAGGGUAAAGAGAAGGAUGGAGAUUGGGCUAGUGGGGGAUUGGGACUUAGAAGGGAUCAGGGGAACAGGAGAGAGAGAGAGGACAUGAUAGACUUGCUGAAGACAGACUGCCACUUCAAAGGCAGAACAUGAGAAAGGGGAAAUUUAUCCUAUGUUAUAAAUAGUAAUAAUUAUAAUAGUGAUAAUAAAGUAGACAUUAUUUAUAGAAUAAGUAUUCUUUGUCAAGUGGUAUGGGAGGUCCAACUGUCUGUGUGUUGCUUUUCUUGGUUAAUGAAUAAAGAAACUGCCUUGGCCUGUUGAUAGGGCAGAACUUAGGUAGGCAGGGAGACAGAAUUGAAUGUUGGAAGAAAGAA